AUGUCCCAAGAACUCAAAAUACCCAAGAAAGUCAGCUCCCCAAUCCUUUGCGAUUUUGGUUCGGCCAUACAUGGGGAUCAGCAUCACUCGGUAUUCAUUCAACCUCGGAUCUACCGAGCACCUGAGGUGAUUCUAGGCGUUCCGUGGACGUUUAGCGCCGAUAUAUGGAAUGUGGGAUGCAUGAUUUGGGAUAUCUACGAAGGCGGUUGUUUGUUUACAGGCCAAGACCCUGAAUUUGGAAGAUACCGGAGCCGAGCCCAUCUUGCCGAGAUUAUCAACCUUCUUGGCCCUCCGCCUCCUAGCCUUCUUAGAGAAGGGGAAUUGAAAGACAAAUUCUUUUCGAGUGAAGGCAAAUUCCUGAAUCCGGAUCUCUUGACGGGUUUGGUACCGCUUGAACAGAGGGAAACUACUCUGGACGGGAAAGCGGAGAGAGAAUCUUUUCUGCGUUUCAUGCGCAAAAUGCUACAAUGGGAGCCCAGUAAGCGAAGCUCGGCUAAGGAGCUAGCGGAAGACGAAUGGAUCCAUAGUCAUAUGUAA